AUGUUAACCGAAGAAGACCGAAAACUGAUUUUUGAUUCUUAUUGGGCACUGAGUUCUUGGGAAGCUCGUAAAGUAUAUGUCCGAAAUUUAGUAAGUGUAUAUGCACCACAGCUUCGAAGUUCAUCAAGCGUAGAUUCUAGGAAAAACAAAGGAUUUAAAUAUUUCCUAUCUUUGAAAGAUAACGCUAAAAGAGUUCAUGUUUGUAAGCAAAUGUUUAUGAAAACUUUGUGCAUUGGCCAAAGACAACUGAGGGAUUGGGUUGUUCCUAGUAAAGAUGUGGCAGAAAGUUUUAUUAUCUCUCAAAAUGGAAAUGAUUGUAAUGCAAGGACUCAAAAUAAUGCAUCCGAUUCAAUUCGAGAAUUUUUCGACAGUCUGCCGAAAGUAGAGUCCCAUUAUUGCAGAUCAUCUUCCUCAAAAUUAUAUUUAGAACCAAUCUGGAAUAGUGUUCAUGGUGAUCUGUAUGCUGAAUAUAAAAAGUUUUGUUCAAAUAACAAGAGACGAUAUUGUGUUGCGACGUUCGAGCAGAGGAAGUAUCGCAAGCUUAAUUUGUCUAUUUUUAAGCCCAGGAAAGACCAGUGCAACAAGUGCUUAGCCUACAAGAAUGGUAAUAUUAAUGAAGAUGAGUACAGGAGUCACUUGAAGAAAAAAGAAACAGCAAGACAAAAUAAGGAUAAUGACAAAAACAAUACUGAAGAUGAUGUAUUAGUAUACACUAUGGAUGUCCAAGCGGUACUUCUAUGCCCAAGAAUCCAGGCAUCAGCUGUUUACUAUAAAACAAAACUUAAAGUUCACAAUUACACACACUAUAAUUUAAAAACAAAAGAAGUGAUUUGCUCUCUAUUUCACGAGGGAAGCGGUGGCUUAGACAGUGAUGUAUUUAUGUCUAUUAUGAUGAAACACCUAAAGGCAGAACUAGAAAAGGCACCAAAUACCAAAAAAAUUAUCCUGUGGAGUGAUGGGUGUGGUUACCAAAAUCGAUCCUUGAAUUUGUCUAAUGCUCUAAUUGAAUUAUCAGUCGAAAAGAACAUAAUCAUCGAACAAAAAUACCCCGAAGUUGGGCACACCCAGAUGGAAGUCGACUCGAUACAUAGCAGCAUCGAAAGAAAGUUGCCACCUCAUCGAGAUAUUUUCAUUCCUGGACACUAUAUAAAUACAAUAAAGAGCGCAAGAAGCAAGCCUGAACCGUAUAAAUUAGUUUGUCUAAGCUACAGUGAUUUCAGCAGGUAUGAAGGUGGUAGAUACUCCAGUAUUCGACCAGGAAACAAAAAAGGCGAUCCACUUGUAGUUGAUAUUGUAAGCCUGCAAUAUAAUCCAGAUGGGAUCAUACGGUAUAAGUUGAACUUUAAUGACGACUUCAAAGAAUUACCGCGACACUCAAACAAAAACUACACACGAACUGAUACUGCUCAUUAUCAAUCAUUUCUCCCUAUUGACACUACAAAAUUUAUACAUUUACAAGAAUUAAAACCACUGAUAACUAAAGAUUAUCACCCUUUUUAUUACUCCUUAGAACAUAAUUGUUCAGAUCCUGAUGCCUGUCCUCAUAAACGAAAUAAUUAG